AUGACCAAUCCAUACCAUUAUCCGCCGAUCCCCGCCGACUGUGUGGAUAGCUUCAAGCCUGGUCUUCCCCCGCCUCGAGAUUUGAACCUGGGGAGAACACACUCAGACAAGUGGGGUCCACAAGAACUCGCCUCAGCUAGAGCUCUUCGCGAGACUCACGUUCACCCCGAUAAUGAACGACUGCUGCGCACACAUCAUCGCUCGCUCGUGGCAUGCCCCUUUGUAUACCAGGCCACCGAGACUGGUGGCAACCAGAUCUGGGUAGUGAGCAUUGAACCUAGCGUCCCCAUAUAUGAUACUCACGCGGCCGGUCGCGCGAUCCACAUCCAACCCGAGUUUCUGCUACCCGAGCUGUCGCACACGUAUCAAGGGACUCGUAAAGAUCCUCUGCACCGGAGCAUCAAUCCGCGACGGUUUUUGCCAGCGUCGGAGCUAGAGUUGCUGCGUAGGUUCUUUCCUGCGGCGAUUGGCGCACGCGUGCUCAUUUCGGGGUUUCUCAUCGUGCUGUUUCGUAAUCAGAAAGACAUCGAAGCAUCUUGGCUGGAAGGAUGUGUCCAUUCGUUUGGUCUGCUGCGCUUGGGAUACGAUGUCGCUGUUCAUUAUCCCACCGAGACGGUCGCUGAGAGUGGGAAUGCCGUCGCAGAUGCAAAGAAUGGCUCAGCCACGCCUUUGGGCCUCAAGCUGAAGUUUCUCGAUGACUCUGAAGGUAUCACCGUUCCAACUCAUGCCUUUGUUGACAUCGAGACGCCGCAGGAUAAUAUUCCACGUAAAGAAGCCAGUUGUUGGGCCAAAACCAAGGCGGCUUUGUCGAAAUCCACUGCGAUGAAAUUCAAAGAAUACUUCAAGGGGGGGAUCGAGAGUGACAUCUCCACUGGGAAAAAAUGUGUGAAAGUUGGAAAUAUCUCAACCACCUUCGACCACCACGUAGUUCCCUCCUCGACUUUCCCCCAAACCAUUGAUCAUGAUACUUCCAUUGUGACUGGAGAUCAAUUGCCUCGAGUCUUGAAUCCCCCACGGGCCCCCAGGAUAGUCGGCUGGGGCGAAUAUUGUCAUGCGCUGGACGGUCACUCUGCUUUCGCCAUGGCACUCAAUACACUUCUCAGUGAAUCAGAUGGUCGGGAAAAGGAAGACCAAGAAGAAGAGGCAGAGAUUCGACGAGACCUAUUUGGUACAAUGCAGAAAGUCGUCGUCGAGGGCGUCGAGUAUCUAUGGAAUCGCAAGUCUCGCACGCAGUCCGCUGCCCUGCUUUGGCGCGCAAUGCACGAUGGAACCGAGAUGGAAGGCUUGUCGGGAUCGGUCUUGUGCCUGGGACAACCGACCGAUCCAAUUUGUCAUGCAGUACUGGUGAAGCAUUUCGAAACGCCCAUCUGUCCCCAGAAUUUUGAGCCAUCGGACAAGGUGUCGGCGCGUGGCGAUGUUGCUUGGGGGAGUAUCAAGGGUGGUUUUCUACUGCCACCGGAGAUCCGAAAUGCUGAGAUUAUUUGCGAAGGUGAUGAAUCGACUGCGAUUCCUGAGGAUGUGCAGACUUGGGACGUUGAGUUUGUGUGA